CAGGAUUGUGUAGAAUCGAAGUCUUUCUACAGCGUAACAGCUGGCUUCACUUCAGGAAUUCUAGUGGUCCUGGAAUUCAGAUCGCACGAUUCAGAUCUGGAGUGAUAUCAGAAUGAGAGAUAAUGCCACAAGCUGUUACUGAGCGGCUGUGCGCGUGCAGGGGAGCGAUCCAGGUCAUUGCCGAAGAAGCUCCACUGUUUGUCACCAAGGCAAGCGUACUCACUCCUGACUGAAACAUGUAGCUGGCGUGGUUGAUAAAGAAUGGCCUCUCCUCAACCCACUCAGCCGGAGGCUAUGGCAGAAGCCAACCCCUUUCUCCCGGCUCCCAGCGUAGUGAGUCCAAGUCCAAGUAGCUCCAGCAUCAGUAAGAAAAAUGGCAGCAAGCGAGACUCGAGUCGAAGUGACGAGUUUCCCCCGAUCGACUCGGUAUUUGUAGAGUUGUGCGAAGAGCACAUAUUAUUGUUAAAAUAUCAGGAUUCGUCAGGGGCCAACAAAAAAGAGAGCAAGUCUGAAAAGCCCGGUAUGGAAAAACCGAAAAAGAAAUCCUCCUGGUACAGCGCACUUUAUCCUACCUACAAAACUCGGUCCGAAGGCUUCAAACGCACCUUUAAAGAAUUGCCGGCGGACGAGAGGCUUGUCGUUGACUACUCCUGUGCCCUGCAAAGAGAUAUUCUGGUCCACGGUCGAUUGUACGUGUCUCCUGGUUAUCUUUGCUUCUACGCAAACAUCUUUGGCUGGGAAACUUCAGUGACCGUCCCUUGGCGCCAAGUCACCGGACUGACAAAAGAAAAAACCGCACUAGUCAUUCCAAAUGCAAUUCUAGUAACGACCAACAAUGAACGCUAUUUCCUCACAUCAUUUGGAGCGCGAGAUAAAACGUUUCUCAUGCUCUUUAGGAUCUGGCAAAACGCCCUUCUUGAUAAGAAAUCAAAGUAUAAGAGCUUGACAAAUCAAGAAUUGUGGCAGCUUGUGCAUUCCUGCUAUGGCGAAGAGUUGGGCCUAACCAGUGAUGACGAAGACUACGUGAGCUCUACGGGAAUUGAUGAGGAGAAUGCUGCGAACCUAAGCCGAUCUCUAGCAAUGGACCAAUCCGCCAAGGUAGCAGAUGUGCCAGAGGCACCUAUUACACCCCUUAUCACCACCACAUGUGUCCAAGACUCAGAGCCUGCCACUCUUACUCAGCCCAUUAACCAAUCUUCUGGCUCUCAGGAUAGCGAACUUAAUUUGCUGAGCGCCACAGGAGAAUUGCAUCCUUCCAUCAAUUCAAAUCUCCUCGCAGCUCCCUCGACCGCCGAUUCUGGCUCUGUCCAAACCGAUCUCUCCGACACCACCGAAUCAGAUGUCGAGAACAGUGAUACCGUUGCUAUUUGUCCUAAUCCUCAUGAGGGACGAGACUUGCUUGACGCUGUUUUUCCCAUUCCUGUGGAUCAAUUAUUCUCAUUGCUGUUUACUACCUCCACAUUCUUUGUUGCAUUUCAUACUACUAGGAAAACAUAUGAUAUACAAGCUACUUCGUGGACACCUGACAAGAGCACGGGGAUCAAAACCCGUCAAGUAACAAUGACGAUUUCCAUUAACAACUCUGUUGGCCCCAAAACUGCACAAGUCACUGAGGAUCAGGUUAUGUCCCCUGUUUCUAGUCCAGGCAAAAUCUAUGUUAUUGACGUGGAGGCGAACCAGUCAGGAAUUCCAUAUGCCGACUCCUUCUACAUAAUCAACCAUUUCUGUCUGGUCAGACUCUCUGACAAUGAAUGUCGCUUAAGUGUCAAUUCGCAACUGAAAUACCGCAAGAGCGUUUGGGGCCUCGUCAAGACAUUCAUCGAGAAGAACUCGUGGUCCGGUUUGGAAGAAUUUUAUAGAGCCUUGUCGAAAGCCCUGACCGCGGAAGCUGAAGCCUUGCUGGCCGGUGAAGCCACUUCUGUUGUUGUGAAACGGAAAAACAGGAUCGCCCGUCACCGCAGGGUCAGAGCUGGCCAACUGAUUGUCACCAGCGAGGCGUCGGGUUCCACCUCUCUCGCUGCCGCAGGAGAGGGCAGCUCCACUGUUAGGGCAGCCUUAGUUUCGCAGUUUGUGGGAGGUGAUCGACCAAUGAACGCAGCCGACUCACCCACCUGCUGUUCUUGGAUUAUUUUAGCCACCCUGGUGGCUCUCUUGCUCUUGAAUGCUUUACUCUAUCACAAAUUAUGGGGCCUUGAAGAGUGGGGACGUGAAGUGGCACUUAACAAAUUUGAACUGCCUUUUCCCAAAGAUAAACCUCAAAGCCACGAAGAUUGGCUGAAGCUGCUUCAAAAGCAAGAAGUUCUGCAUCGCAAAGAAAUGGAUCAUUGGCAACGAUUUCUUGAUGCUGCUAUAAACUUACUUAAGCAGGCUGAAGAGACGCUGCAGCAACUGCAUUCCUCAAUCAAACCGCCCUCUGUGAGCACUGUUUGGGCAGAUGAUAGCACAAGUACCGGCAAUAGCUCUCCAAGUGAUGAACUCUAGUCCCAUAAAGCAACCUUUACUGCUCUCCUCAUCAGAAUAGUACUAUUGAGCGAUCCAGUGAUCAGAUUAGGGUAUUUCAUGCGAUUCCUUGCUCUUGUACCAUGUGAUAGUUUGUGUUUUGUCCGCAAAUGGUACGCUUUUAUUGGUUUUUAAGCAUGACAGUUAUUUGACAGAUUUUCAUAGUUGGCUUUGCGAGCAAUUCAAAAUAUUUGACAGCUUAUAAAACGCUUGUCUGAAUUGAUAGAGCUCAAAUUCGCAGUAUUUUUGUUUAGAUUCAUUAUUGAGUGGAUUCAGUUCACGGCAAACUUAAUUUAAGCAAGAGAGCAUAGCUUUGCUGCUACCCCUGAGUCAAGAAUGUAUAGAAUAUUCAGGAGAAAGAUUUGAGCGUCUAAAUUUAACGAAGCCAUGUUCUAUCUUAUGUCGAUGGACAAUACAGGAUAUCUAAAAAAAGCGAAAGUGCGAUUUAUUUUCAAAACUAAACCUACAGAUGGCCGUCAAGGAUUUGUUCUGAAGGAGGAGCAAGAGCGGCUCUUUCAGCAGCAAUUCUGGCAUGGUCUGCAGCGAUUUUUUCGGCCAGGGCCAAGUGCCUCAGCUUGGCGGCGGCAACCACAGGGGUAUCAGUCACGGGGGCGGCUCCAGUAUUGAGGACUGGGUGGAAUCCAGCAGCGUCGGCCACAUAGUUGACGGUGCGAAUGCGGUUGCGAGGAUCAACGUAGGAAAAUUGGCCUGAAUUUAAUUAAUGACCCAGUUAGAUAAUUAGGCCUCGAUUAUUUGGCUUUUACCUCUGACAACACCAAACUCAUCUUUGGUCUCUGAAUGGGUUCGAUCGACGUGGCCCGGGGCCCUUCCUGCCGCAUAGCUGAACGCAUAUGGCUGAGGUGGCAGCUCCUCUUCUUGAUGUGCAAUGACAGCGACCUGCUGCACAGCCGUCACAACUGUCGUGAGCUGAAAGGAGCAGAAAAUCCUGUCAGAAUUUUUAAUUUAAAGCUGAGGAGGCUGACUUGCCAAUCUGACAAGGUGGCUUGUCAAACAGAUAAGUGUUUCUAUUUUAAAGGUUUUAGUUCGUCUCUUGCUUUGGGGAAAAUUUAAAAAAGAAAUUUAUAUACAACAAAAUUGAUAAAAUAUGACCGUGAUGAGUUAUUGGCAAGUAAAAAGAGGAUUUUUCUGUUUAAUAUUUGAUAGCAAACCUCCAAACGUAUGCACGUUAAACAAAGCAUAUUUGCCUAGAUUCAAAAUAUAAUUUUAGCUGGCACUCAAUUAAUAGUACAGCUAUCAACUCACCGCAAUAAGCGCAAUGAAAAUCUGAUGUUCCAUGAUGGCGCUCUGGAGAGAACUGAUCACCGUGCGUUAGAAGAAAUUGAAAGCACAAGUGAAAGUAAACAACCGCCUGGAGCUACAAGCCACCUUGGCCUGGAGCAGCGAGUACCAGUCUAUACCGUUGAAUGAUCCACGUCCAUGACCUUUGGGGGAACAUGACGCGCAACAAAAAGACUAAACUUUCUCAGUGAAAUUCACCUUUUUUAUUUAUUACAGCUCAAAAUAUUAAUUACUUGUGAGAUGCAAAAAAGUUAUUACUGUUACAAUU